AAGAAGUGGUUUUUUUCCACAGCUGCAGUUGACGCCUGUCUCUCCCAUGGGCUCAAGAGACGUGCGCUAGGCCUAUUCAAGACUAACUCCACGACAGCUCUGCUUCAGAAACUCGCUAAGGAUUGUGACAGUGCCGCCGUCAUCGCCCGUGUCGUAGAGGAGAUCGAGGCAGCCGACCCCAACAAAAGGUCUUCCUCAAGUAGUGACAGCACAAACAAGGUGAAAAAUCCUCCACAAAACAGCAAAAAAACCAUUGCUGCAACACUGUACAAUCCACGCUACCUUUGGAUACGACUUGCUUUAUUCAACAAGCUUUUAGCUAUGAUUGUGGAUCACUUGGUGAAGAACAGCAGUAAAUACUAUGAGAAGGAGGCACUUGUUGCUGACCCUGUUUCUGGACAGAUCUUAGCUUCCUUAUUAGUUGGGCCUUGUGCUCUCGACUAUUCCAAAAUGAAAACUCAGGACCAUUUUUGGACAGAUCCACGUGCAGAUGAACUUGUACAAAGACAUCGGUUGUCGAGUGGACUUCCUCUUGUUAAUGGUUCCAGCACACCUCCAUCUAAUCGUCGACCAGGGCUUCAAUACCGAAAAGAUGCCAGAACAUCGGGUAGUUCAGAGAGUGAACAUCGGGCUAUUCCGUACGUUGCCAGAGAUUACGUGGAGUCUCUUCAUCAAAACUCACGAUCCACACUCCUCUAUGGAAAAAAUAAUGUUUUAGUGCAACCAAAGUUUGUACUAGAAAAGGAAGUAACAGUUGGAAGCAGAAGCCAAAAAGCAAUAAGACUAUGCAGUGAUGCAGAGAAAAACCAUGAUUGGCAUCUGUUAAUAGAGGCAAAUGGAUUAUUGUUUGAAGGGAAGGCAGGGAAGAACAUCUACUGGGAAUUUGCCAUGAGUUUUAAUGUGAACGACAUAGUGUAUCUCCACUGUCACCAGCAUGCAGACACUGGAGGAAAGGUUGUUCUUGUUGGACAAGAUGGAGUCCAGCAGCCUCCUAUUCACUUCCCUAAAGGUGGCCACCUGCUGGCAUUUCUCUCAUGCCUAGAAAAUGGUCUUCUUCCUCACGGACAAUUAGAUCCUCCUCUUUGGUCACAGAGAGGAAAAGGUAAGGUGUUUCCCAAGCUUCGGAGGAAGGGGCGUGGCUCCACUCGUAAGCGACAUCAGACCUCUGAAGGCCAGGCUUUGGAAGAAGAGGAAGAAGCUGCAGAUUACGUAUUUCGUAUUGUGACAUCUUUGAAACCAGACUCUAUAUCUCAAGAAAUGAUGGAUCCUAAAACGACUCGUGGCUCUUUUCCAUGGCAAUCUGGUGGUCGAGCUGCUCGAUUAAAACACCUUUCAUCAUCUUCAUCUUCAACAUCCAGUAGUAAAUCUCUGGCAGAAGAUAAUGUUACUUCAACAGAUGUUCCAAAGUCAGCUGCUCCAAUUCCAAAGAAACCGGUUCCCUUGCCCAGAACUUCAGAAGCUGAGGAGAGUGCAUCAGCCGGGGAAUCAAUUCAAGUUUUGUGUAACACCAUGAGAAGACAGAUCAUUUCCCGGGCUUUUUAUGGAUGGUUAGCUCACUGUCGUCACCUACGUACAGUUCGCACCCACCUGUCAGGACUUGUGAACGCAACAAUUGUUUCGGAUACUGAGCCCACCCAUGCAGCUUCGGGAUUAACUUCAGAGGUGUGGAUGACCCUUCAAGAGAAUGACUGUGUGAAAGAAGCCAGUGAGAUAUACAGAUUAACUUACUUUGGUGGUAUAGAGCAUAGCAUCAGAAAAGAGGUUUGGCCCUACUUGCUAGGCCAUUAUCAGUUUGGCAGCACUGCAGAAGAACGCAAGAAACAUGACAACAGCAUACAGACUGCGUAUGAGACUACAAUGUCGGAGUGGCUGGCUGUAGAAGCCAUCGUACGACAACAAGACAAAGAAGUCAUGGAAGCAAACAUGGCAAAGCUAUCUUCAGAGAGCACCAAUAGUGAAAUACCCCUUGUUGGUCCUAAAGAUGCCAAUCUGAAUAAUGAAGUAUUUGAAGACAUCAGUCCCAGUGAAUCAUUUGAAGAACAUGACGAAAAAUCUGACAUCAGGAAGGGUUCGGAAGAAGCAUUUUCAUCAUUUGAGGAGCAUUACCCCAAAACUGAAGGUGCUGAGUCCCAACCGGUUACAUUAAAAUAUGUUAGAGGUCGUUUGAUUAGGCAUUAUCAAGUUGACAGUCAGAGCCAAAGUAUUAUUAUUACAAAUCCCUCAGUGGACAUCAAUGGUGAUGAACAGAAAGAUGAGAAUGAUGAUCCGAAAGAGGGUGAUAAUGAACCAGAAGAUGAUGUAGAAUUCGCAAGAGAUGAAUUGUUACCCAGAGACUAUGGAGAUGGAGAUAGUCAGCUAUCAGCAGACUCUCGGUCAAGCUGUAUUUCUCCAGCAUCUUCUAGUGGUGGUGUCUACUCAAUGGAACUUUUGGACCAGUUUUCCCUAAAUCUCCACAGAAUUGAAAAAGAUGUCCAAAGAUGUGACCGUAAUUACUGGUAUUUUAGGGUUGAAAACUUGGAAAAGCUCAGAAACGUGAUGUGCACCUAUGUAUGGGAACACUUGGAUGUUGGCUACGUCCAAGGGAUGUGUGAUUUAGUUGCUCCUUUGCUGGUGAUCUUUGAUGAUGAGGUACUGACAUACAGCUGUUUCUGUGAACUCAUGAAGAGGAUGGCUGCAAACUUUCCUCACGGUGGAGCCAUGGAUGCACACUUUGCGAACAUGAGAUCUCUUAUUCAGAUAUUGGAUGGAGAAAUGUUUGAACUGAUGCAUAAGAAUGGUGAUUAUACUCAUUUUUAUUUCUGUUAUCGGUGGUUUCUACUGGACUUCAAAAGAGAACUGGUGUACGAUGACAUCUUCAGCGUGUGGGAGACCAUAUGGGCUGCCAAGCCCAUUGCUUCGAGUCAUCUUGUUCUCUUCAUCGCACUGGCCAUGGUAGAAUAUUACAGGGAUAUUAUCUUGGAGAAUAACAUGGAUUUCACAGACAUCAUUAAGUUUUUUAAUGAAAUGGCAGAAAGACAUGAUGCUAAAGCAGUACUAAAAGUGGCUCGAGAGUUGGUGCAUCAAAUUCAAACUCUGAUUGAUAAUAAAUAGGCCGUGUCUAUGUAUAGGUAACUUGUAUUGUGAAAACAAAAAUCCAAAGCUUAUUAUCCCUGUAAGACAACCACAGAAAUUCACAUAUUAGUUUGAUUGGAGUAUGAAAGUUAGUAAUAAACACUUUGUAAGCUAUACGUUUUUUUUUUUUAUAAGUAUAGUAUGUAAGAUUUCUUUGAUAUUUUCAUGGUAUAGUAAGGGUGAAUAUUUGGUUAGUAUUUCUCAUUCUAAAGACCAAAAGAAUAAUUUGUAUAUUUAAGUUUUACACAUUUUGAAAUUUUCACACUUUGUUUCAAACUUAUAAUGAUGCUAGUCCAAAGGUACAAAUUCAUUUUUAUGCAAGACUUUUGAUUGAGAUCUUAAUACCCUGAAUGUAAUGAAAAAGAUACAAAUGUAUUCGGCCCUCGAACUAGGAUACGUCUUUUCACUCAAAUAAGUAACAGAACUAAUAUUUAUUGAAACAGUGGAAAGAGCAAACCAUUAGUGCAUGGUUUUAAAGUAAAUUUUGUUUGACAUUAUUCAAUACACCUACUUCAUCCACUUUUCCUUACUAAUUUCAAAUGAAAUUAUUGGUUGUAUUAUCACAGAGUUUCUGUGAAGCCUAAUGCUACUUUCACAGAUAAUACUUUACUUUUUUAUUUACUAUAUUGGAUGUCUCUAUUAUAAAGUUCACACCUGUUAACCUCUAUUAACACCUUUGGUUCAUGGUAGAUUAUUGUUAAAUAUGUAAAAUGAGACAUGCUUAUUUUGUAAACUUACGUGACUUCUUUAAACAGGUUUUCGUUGUCUUUACAAUAUACGUAAUUCUUAAUGUUCAUCUCUAGUCUCCCCACAGUGGGGGUGGUUAAGUUCAGUUGUUAAACUUGGAAAAAAAAAUCUUGGACCCUACGAUGCUCCCAUUAGAUCCAAUUGAACUAGUUAGGCCUACAAUGAUCCCAUGAGAUUCAAUUGAACUAGUUAGGCCUACGAUGCUCCCAUGAGAUUCAAUUGAACUAGUUAGAUCUACAAUGCUCCCAUGAGAUUCAGUUGAACUAGUUAGGCCAUCUACAAUGUAUUCACCAAUUUUAUUUUCAAGCCAUGGGUUUCUCUUGGUUGGUUUGAAAAAUUGUCCCAAAAUCACCCUGUUUUACAGUGUUUAAUUGUACGAAGGUUUCUCGGUACAGUAUGCUUGUGUUAAGAAACUAGAGCUUUGGUUCUUCAUUACUGUGUAGUUGCACACGCUAGCCACUAGAGAGAGAUGUGCCAGUACUUAUAUUAUCUAGUAAAUGUUGGCUAUGAUCUUAAAAUGUCUGUUACUUCAGAUGGGGAUCUGCAUGAGGUUUCCUGUUGAUUUGGGUCACUAGUAGUGAUAGAUUUUGUUUAAUGCUCAUUUUCAUUGUUUUUUUUUAUAAGGUUACGAUAUUUUUUUUUCACGUACAUAAACUGACAGUGUCUGUUUUGAUGUGCGACUUAAGCAAGAUGAAGUUAAGAAUAACUCCAAAGUAAGAAAGAUACCAGGAUUAUAUACAGGAGAUAACAUAACACCGCUGUGUUUAUAUUCAUAGCUUCUCUUAUACAGAACCCCCAGGUUUUUCCAAACUCGUGGUGGCAGGGUUAAAUCUAGCUGACACGUCCUUUAACUUCAGAAACUCUAUUUAUCAUUAGUAAGAAGAGUUUUCAAUGAUUAAAUUGUGUGACCACUAAAAUAGAAGCUGGUGUAUGUCAUCUUAUUUUCAUGAUUUACUUGCAACAAGUCUGUGUGAUGAUUCAUUCUUUAACAUUGUAGCCUUACUGAAAGAUCUCAGUUAAAACUUAGAAAUCUCAGCAAGAGAUUCUGUGUAUUCCUAAACUCUAGAACUGGUUCUUGUAAAACUUUUAAUAUAAUUUGCUACAGGCUGCCCUAUAGAACUUAACUUUUUAUUCACAAAUAACUAACAGAUCUUGGUUUUUUUCUAGUCGUGUGUAUAUAAAAGGUCUAUAUUUUUUGAAAGCAGAGUUAUAAAACGUUUGAGAUGAUGAAGUAUGAUCUGUGUAAAAAAUAUGUAUUUUGUUUUUGUCUUCUUGUACAAAAAAGUGAAACCAGUUGAAUCCUCUCUCUAAAAAAAUAACACUUUCCUUCAUAAUUUCUUUGUCCUACCUGUUAGAAAUACUGAAUUUUAAUAAAGACUUAAGUUUAUGUGUGUAAUGUAACAAACUUUGUGUUUCUUACACAUUCUGGUUAUCUUGGAUAUAAUUGUUUGCCAAACUUUGAAGGUGUAUGUUUGAAAUUUAUACUUGCAAUUUAAUGGCAAGCAUGGUAGUUAGUCUUUUAUUAUCCACGAGCAAUAUUUACUGGUCAUCAGUGGUUUCAUAAUGGGCUGUUUCCCGGUUAUUGAUGAAGGCACCAGAUACAAAUUAAGUUCAAAACAAAUCCUCAAAAUUCUUUGUCAAAUGUACUUUAAUUGUUCAGAAAUUGGAGCAAAAGUUUUUUCAACACUCUGAAUAUCAGGCUUAAUUGAGUAUGUAUUAAUUCCUGCAGGGUAUGCUUAUUUUGAUGGUUAUUAGUUGCCUGAUUCUCGAGAAAAGUUUGGCCAGACUUGAAAAAAGAGAUAUAGACUAUGGAUUUUCUACAAACCUUUACGACUCCAACUAAGAGUCUCAAAUAUUCUUUCUCUGGAUGUAAUUCUUGUUUGAUGGAGGAGGAUGUAACUUGGUGAAAACCUUAAUUAGCAAUGUCACUAUGUUGUCAUUGAUUUGAUUAAAAUAUAAUCAGACAAAGCCAUAGAUAAUGUUGUAUCUGUUUCUUUCAUCACUAUUACUACCAUAUAAACUAUCCCGCCCUUUUUUUUCAACUGUAGAAUAUGAGCCUGAGUUAAAUGUUUUCUUUCAAUCGGCAGUCUAUUUUUGAAUUUUCGAAGGAAAAGUGCAGGAAUUAUUAGAAACACUUGUACAUUUUCUGAAGGCACAUAUCCUGUCUGGGCAAGUGUGCUUCUUUCACGAACAUAGUUAAAUAUGUAACAACUGGGGAACAAACUUUGUUGUUAAGUGUGGAUGUUUGUUGGCCAACUUGUGGUAGAAUUUACCUAAACUUAUUAUCUUGUAACUUGUAAAGGUCUUAGAUAAUGGAUGGUCUUAAACUAAAAUGUUUAACUGAAAAGAAUAUCUCAUUAAAAAUGGUAAAAACUGGAACUAAGAAGUGUCUCAUCAUGAAUAAAAAAAAAAAAAAAAUUAACUACCAUGUUGUUUUGAAGAGCACCUUAAAUUUAAACUUUCCGGACGAAAACAUACAUACAUUCUCCACUUUCCCCUUAAAAAUGUUUGGUUGUUUUUCAAAAUUUGUAGUGUGUACUGGAAGAGUUAGAAACAAAAAAUGACCCUUACUCUCCAGAUAAUAGAAAUAUUUCAGCCAUCAGGGCUAGUAGUGCGUACUGGAAGAGUUAGAAAAAAACAAUGACCCUUACUCUCCAGAUAAUAGAAAUAUUUCGGCCAUCAGGGCUAGUGAUGAAAAUUAGCAAUUUAUUAUUGUAUGGUUGUUGUUUUUCUCCUACCUUUACAGCCACAAUUUCUCUUAAAAUGUUGUUAUAAAUAUUAGUCCAUUUUAUUGUUUCUAAAGAUGGAGGAUUCAUCGAGGUUUCUUUUAUAAGUUGCAGAGGCAUGUAACGUAAAAUCUGUGUCAUUAAAAGGUAUUUUGAAAAAGCUA